AUGUUUCUUUUAUUUACAAUCCUCUUUUACUCUAAUGCUAUUGAUUGUUCUGAUGGACAAUAUCUUGAUACCUCUGGAGAAUGUAAAAAUUGCAAUACUAGCAACCACUGUAAAACUUGUUUUGCUGAAGAUAAGUGUAUUACUUGUGAAGAUAAUUAUUACUUAGAUAGUUCAUAUCAAUGUACUUCAAGAAAGAAUAUAUCGAAUUGUGAUACUUGGGAUAAUCUUUUUUGUACGAUGUGUAAACCUGGGUAUUAUCUUCAAAAUCAAGAAUGUAAGGCAUGUACAACUAAUUGUAAAUAUUGUAAUUCUCAAGAAUGUUUCCAAUGUGAAGCAGGAUAUACUCUUGUCAAUAAUGGAGGAAAAUGUGUUGACUGUUCUAAAGAAGAAAAUAAUGCAGUUUGUGGAAGAUGUGGUAUUAAUGAAUAUUUUGAUGUAGAUAAAUUAAGUUGUCUUCCUUGUAAAAUUAAUUGUCAAAGAUGUUCUAAUGCUCAAAAUUGUUUUAUGUGUAAUAAUGGUUUUGCAUUAAAAGAUCCAACAGAUCCACUUUCUGAAUGUUCUUCUAUUGAACAUUGUGUUUCAGGUCAUAUAUUUGGAGAUCAUUGUGAAUUGUGUACAACAGGAUAUUAUCUUGAUAAUGGAAAAUGUUCUCCAUGUUCUGAGCAAUGUCUAAGAUGUAUUAAUUCUACUAAUUGUGUUGAAUGUAAUUCUGCAAUGAAAUUAUUUGAAGGAAAAUGUGUACCUUCUAUUGAUAAUUGUGCUAGAUCAAAUGGAAUACAAGGAUGUUUAGAAUGCAAUGAAGGAUUUUAUCUUUCAGAAGGAUCUCAAUGUGUUAGUUGUCCUAAAAACUGUUCUUCUUGUUUAAAUGAAAAUUAUUGUUUUAGAUGUGGUCCUAAUUAUUACUUUAGUGGGGAAGAAGGUCAAUGUAUUUUAAAAAAUUCUAAUUGUAAAGUUACUGAUCAAUAUGGAUGUUUAGAAUGUUAUUAUGAUCAAACUAAUUUGGAACUUUGUAAGGAGUAUUCUGAAAAAAAAAUAAUUGAUCCAUUAAAAUGUAGUGAUACAACUUCUCCACAAACAUUUGGCUAUUUUCUUCCUGUGACAAAAAAUAGCAAAACAAAUGUUUUGGAAUUUAAAAAAGAAUGUGAGUUAUGUGAUGUUAAAUGUAAAAUUUGUGAAUAUAAUUCAACGUGGUGCUCUGCUUGUAAUGCUGGAUAUGCACUUAAUAUUAGUAUUGAAGCUACUUCUCUCUAUAAAGAAUUAACUGGAAAUACACAAAAUAUUUAUAAUUGUGUUGAAAAACCACCUGAAUGUGUUAGAACUGAAAUGGGAUAUUGUGUAGAAUGUGCCUCUGGAUAUUUUUUAAGUGAUGUCACUUGUACUAAAUGUGAUGUAUCAUGUGGUUCAUGUACGUCCAGUAGUUAUUGUCAAACAUGUAACUCUGCAACUGAUAAUAGUUCAAAUGCUUUGUAUUGGAGACCUAAAUCAUUGACAGAUGCAGUAGAUGAAGCAAAAGGAAAAUGUUUUUUAGUUAACAUUUCGGAGAGUGAUCAAUACAACCUUAAUCAAUGUGCAAGUCUUAUUACAACUUCAGGUUGUUCUAUAUGUAAUACAGGGUAUUAUACACAUGACGGUUAUUGUCUCAAAUGUCCUGAUAGAUGUACAGAAUGUAAGGAACAAGUAGGUGAUAUUACUGGUGAUGGAAUAAUUUGUACUGGAUGUAAUGAUACUCAAUACCUUACUACUGAAGAUAACGCUACUUGUCUUAGUUGUGAUAAUAUUAAACAUUGCCAUAAAUGUAAAGGAACUGGGUGUGAAGAAUGUGAAAGUGGAUAUACUUAUUCAAGAGAUAGACUUGAAUGUACUAAAGUUAAUCUUGCAUUAAUUCUUCCAUUAUGUAUUGGUGCAUGUUUAAUUCUGAUUGUGAUUAUUCUUAUUAUUAUUUUCUUAUUAUGGAGAAGACGUAGAGCUGCUGAGAAACAACGUGAGACAGAAAUUAGACCAUUUAGAGUAUCAUCAGAUGUUGAACUUGCAUUGUUAUCUGCUGAUAAUGAAAACUUCCCAUUAAAAACUGAGAGAUGGGAACUUGAUUUUGGACUUCCAUCAACAAAAGCCAUUGUUGAUACAGAGUAUGAACAAAAACUUAAAAUCAUGAACACAUCAAACAAAUCAUAUUAUUUUGAAAUUCUUACAAACCCAUCUCAUAGAUACUCACUUGAAGUUAAUCCAGUAAGACAAACAUUAAAAGCAGGAUUUGGUAUUGAAGUUACAUUUAAAAUUAAAAUGCUUUGUACUGCUAUUGUAAAUGAAGACAUUGGUAUUAUUGCUAUGGAUGUUGAUGAUAAUAAUAAAGAAACAGCAAAAUUAAAAAUUAUUAUUGAGUCUGAUUUAUCAACUAAAUUAGACCAUACAGAACUUAAACCUGUUAUGCCACCAAUAGGUGAAGGUGCUUUUGGUCUCGUGUUUAGAGGAACUUAUAGAGGACAAGAUGUUGCUAUUAAAAAGAUGAAAGCAAGAAAUCUUACUGAAGAACAAACAAAAGAAUUUAAUCAUGAAGUUGGUAUGUUAUCUCAAUUAAGACAUCAAACAAUUGUUAGUUUAAUUGGAGCAGUCUAUACAGAAGGAGAAAUUGCUAUUGUGACAGAAUUUGCAGAAUUUGGAUCAUUAAGUAAAAUGUGGGGAAAAAGAGAAGUUUCAUAUGAUUUAAAGAUUAAAAUUAUGGAUGAUCUUGCAGUUGCAUUACAAUUCCUUCAUCAAAAUCAAAUUAUUCAUAGAGAUAUUAAAGGAGAAAAUGUUUUAGUUUAUUCAUUAAAUCCACAUUCAUCUGUUUGUGGUAAAUUAACUGAUUUUGGUACUUGUAGAAAUGUUUCAGAAAGAUCUCUUGCUAAUAAAGAAUUAUCUACAGGUAUUGGAACACCAACUUAUAUGUCACCAGAAUCACUUCAAGGUACUUCUAAUUAUUCAUAUCCAGUAGAUAUUUAUGCAUAUGGAAUGGUAUUAUAUGAAACUUUUAAUGAAAAACAAGCUUAUGAAAACGAUGAUAGAUUUAAUCAACCAUGGAUGAUCCCUCAAUUUGUUAUUGAAGGCAAUAGACUUGAAAGACCAGACAAUAUGCCUGACAACUAUUGGAAUUUAAUUACUAAAUGUUGGGAUCAAGAAGCUGAUAAACGUCCUACUGCUACAGAAAUUUUACAAGAAAUAGCGUCAUGGAAUAUUGAUAUUAAUUAUGUUACUGGAGAAUCAUCUAAAAAAGAAGACCUCAACACUCCUCAAAUAAUUACUGAACCUAAACCAGACGUUGAAAACGAAAUUUCAAAACCUUUAGACGAAAAUAAUAGUAACAGUAAAGAAUCAGUCUCUAGUUCUUCUGCUUCUGAAAAAUCAUCUGAUGGAAGAAAAGAAGAUAUUAGUAAAAGUGAAAGUAGGUCUUCUGCAUCAAGUGAUGAUGAUUAA